UAUGAGUUCGGUUCCUGAGGAAUUCGUCCAAAAUUAUGGGCUUAGACAGCUCGGUAGCGCUCGUUCGGCACAAUUCUGCUGGUGGGCGUUGGAAAGUUUGUGCUUUUGAGCUUAAUUCAGCUGUAGUUAAUUCAGAGUAGGAUAUUGUGUAUAAUGUUGGUUACUCUCUUCUUCUCCUUCAACUGUAUUGGUCUUCCGACACUGAAGAACUUGAUGGGGACGACACAGGACUAAAUCAAAACAAAAUCGAUUCUGCAUGAGAGUUGAUGGUGAACCAAAACCUUUGCAAUCAGAGGAGGGUCUCAAUACCCUGACUUCUAAUGCUGAGGAAGCUCCUGAAUUUAAUGAGAACAACGACGAUAACUGUGACAGGAAUUCAUUGGGCAGUGACCAAGAUGAGGCAGAGACACAUUCACUGGGUAGUUGGAAAGAUGGGGCCCAGGGAUGCUUCGAACCCUCCCCGGAAGUAUCAACUAGCUCUACUAUGUGUGAAUCACUUGCUGUUGGGAGUCAGAGUCCCCAUAUGUCUUGGGCUGACAUGGCACAGGAGGAUGAGCUGGAGGAGGAAGAUGAACAGGAAGCUGGCAAACGAGUUGUUGAUGUGGAUGCUUCCACUGGCGAGCUGAGGAUAUCAGCAGUUCCUGAGAAGCCAAAGUUACCUAGGGAACAACGAGAGCAGAUACGGUUUAUGAACGUUAAGAGGAACAAGGAUUUCAUAUGCUUUGAGAGGAUAAAUGGAAAGCUUGUAAAUAUCCUACAAGGACUUGAACUUCACACCGGUGUUUUUAGUGCUGCGGAACAGAAGCGGAUAGUUGACUAUGUUUACGAACUUCAGGAAAAGGGAAAAAGGGGAGAAUUGAAAGAUCGGACAUACUCAGCCCCGCAUAAGUGGAUGAGGGGGAAGGGCCGUGUAACUCUGCAGUUCGGUUGCUGUUACAAUUAUGCGACAGAUAGAAAUGGAAAUCCACCUGGCAUCCUUCAAAACGAAUUUGUAGAUCCUAUACCUCAUCUUUUCAAGGUGAUAAUAAGGAGAUUAGUUAGAUGGCACGUGCUACCUCCCACUUGUGUACCCGACAGUUGCAUUGUGAAUAUCUACGAAGAAGGCGAUUGCAUUCCUCCGCAUAUAGACAACCAUGAUUUUGUCCGUCCAUUCUGUACUGUAUCUUUUCUUAGCGAGUGUAAUAUACGUUUCGGUUCAAACCUGAAAGUCAUUGGUGCUGGUGAGUUCGAGGGAUCUAUGGCCAUUUCCCUGCCUGUUGGAUCCGUUCUUGUCUUAAAUGGAAAUGGAGCUGAUGUAGCUAAGCACUGUGUUCCGGCAGUCCCAACAAAGAGGAUAUCGAUAACAUUCAGGAGAAUGGAUGAAUCUAAACGGCCGAAAAAUUAUGCCCCUGAGCCCGACUUGCAGGAUAUUCAACCCUUGUCAUACGAAGAUGAAAAACCAAGGAGGUUCGGUUCUUAUAGACCUCGCAAUUCAAGGAGGCAGUCUGGCAGAAGGGAGGCAAACUCGGGAGCAAGGGGAUACCCAGAGCGAAAUGAAACUCACGGUGACUCGCCUCAUCACAGGAAUCAACCUCGUCAGGGCUCUUCAAGUAGACCAAGGUUCCGGGGGAACUUGGGGAAUUGAUGGAUUCACCUUUCUCAAUGUCCAGUAUUGAUUGAUCUUCGGAGUUGCCAAAGAUUGAGUCUUGCUGCUGCAGUCAAUUGAUUCUUAUGGCAUUAUACUCGGGAGGUUUCGUCCAUGAGUUUGUCAGUUUGUGUUUUCAUUUGAGCUGAGGGUUUUGGUAUUGCUUGUGGAGUUUGCAUACUUGUAGGUCCGAGGGAUGAUUGUGGUGAGUGUCUUUCAGCGAGAUACAAUCUGGAGAGUUUCCGAUAAUUGUGUUCGGUUUAUUAGUUUCUGUAUGUACCAAAACCAUAAAAUAACUUGCAAAACCUUAACGAAACAUCGAGAGUUUAUAUAUAGUUAGUGAGGAAUGCAUAUGAGAGUUCGGUUUUCACCCUA